GUGUCUGUCCACCAGAGGGCACAGCCCGGGGGAGGCUCAAUCCAAACCAACCACUCCGCUUCUCCUCGUACCAUGAGCUGAAUCUGUCCGGGACAGACCAGGGAAGAUGGCCGCCACUGACCAUUCCCGGUCCGAAGCUGCCAAACAGCGACGGCAGGAUCAGCUGCAGCGAUGGCUGGGCUCGGAGACGGAUCGGACGCGGUCGGAGGCCCGGGAAUUAUCGAGCGGUUCCGGUACGCGGCGAGCGAAAGUCCGGUUCGCCCAAGGAGCUGUGUUUAUGGCCGCCUGCUCCGCUGGAGAUCGGGAGGAGGUGGCGGUGCUGCUCCGACAGGGAGCUGACAUAAACCACGCCAACAUAGACGGACUGACAGCACUGCAUCAGGCCUGUAUUGAUGAAAAUGCUGAGAUGGUGCAGUUUCUGGUGGAGAGUGGGAGUGACGUAAACCGAGGGGACAACGAGGGCUGGACUCCUCUGCACGCUGCAGCCUCCUGUGGCUUCAUCCAGAUUGCAAAGUAUCUGAUAGAACAUGGUGCUCAUGUUGGGGCAGUGAACAGUGAAGGAGAGCUUCCUCUGGAUGUGGCCACUGAAGACGCCAUGGAGAGACUGCUCAAAGGCGAAAUCAAAAAACAAGGAAUCGACGUGGACAAAGCCAGAAAGGAGGAGGAGAGGAUCAUGCUCCAGGAUGCCACAGCGGUGUUGGCAGGAGGUGGCACUCUCACACCUCACCCAAACACCAAGGCGACUGCUCUGCAUGUAGCUGCUGCCAAAGGCUACAUCGAAGUCCUCAAAGUGCUGUUGCAGUGCAGGGUCGACGUGGACAGCAGGGACAGUGACGGGUGGACGCCCCUGCAUGCAGCAGCUCACUGGGGACAGGAGGAGGUGUGCAGCCUCCUCGCUGACAACAUGUGCGAUAUGGGUGCCAUCAACAAUGUGGGCCAAACACCUCUAGAUGUUGCUGAUGAGAACCUCGUGGACACUCUGGAGGAGCUACAGAAGAAACAAAACGCUUUACGCACAGAGAAGGAGAAACAGACUCCUGUUAUAGAGAACAGCCCGCCAAUCUCCAUGGUACCACUCCGCUCACGCAGGACUUCUAUCUCUCGUAUGAGCAGUAAGGAAAAGAUCUGCCUCCAUGAGCGGGAGAAGCACCCUCCUCCCGCCCUGCAGAGCAGCCCAGCUGAGGACGAGGAGGAGGAAGGCCAGACGGGACAGAGCCAGACUCAGAGCCAGGCCAAGGCCUCCAGCAGCUCCAGCUCGGAGGAGGAGAGCGAAUCAGAGAGUGAUGCAGAGUCAGAGAAAGCGAAAAACCGAGAGAUGAUAAACAACUUGAACAACAAACGCAAUACCACCGGCCUCCUUCCUACCUCCAUGUCGACGAGUACCGCUACAAGUCAGCUAAAAAAGGAACCAAGCAAGCCUGCAUCCACUGAGGCCCCAGGCUCCUGGAGGACGUCUCUGAGGAAGGCCGGCAGCUCGGUGACUCUGGGCUCAGCUGGACUGUCCGACUCUGGCCAGGACUCCAGCAGACCUGCAGAGUCUGGGCUCGGCAUGACCCGCUCUGCCUCUAGUCCUCGCCUCAGCUCUGAGGCCGACACUAAGGAGCCAAGGCUUGCUCGUGUACCGCCUAUCCCAACACGCAGACUUUUCAGUAUUCCAGACAGCAGCCCUGACAACUCCAACAGCUGGCUAAGCCGUAGCUCUUCUUACACCCGGCGCCUUCACAGUCAAUCAGGGAAUGAUUUCACUAGUUCCCACCCCUCUUUGCCUCACAGUGCAUCUUAUGGAAAGAGACUGGAUGACCCCACCGUAACCUCAGCCAGCACAGGAACGAGCUCUGCUGGCCUCAGCCGCCUUAAUAGUGUUUUAGCCCAGAGACUUCCUCAGGAACAGACAGAAAAGAAGGAUCAGCCUGCUGUCACCACCUCUAACUCUGGUAACACAACCACAGGCGAACCCGAGGCCAAGCAAAGACGCAAGUCCUAUCUGACACCCGUGCGAGACGAAGAAGCAGAGGCGCAGAGGAAAGCUCGCUCCCGACAUGCAAGACAGUCCCGCCGCUCCACUCAGGGGGUGACACUCACAGAUCUACAGGAGGCAGAGAAGACCAUGAAGACCAUGAAGACGGAAAACAAAGGGAAAGAGAAGAAGGAGGAAGAUGAGAAGGAAAAAGAGAAGGAAGCAAAAGCUAAGAAGGGAGAGGAAGGGGAAGUGAGCUGGAGGUCUCGUAUUGCCAGUCUGCAGAAGUCUGACCUACUGGGCCUGACGCAGCCCGCUGGCACCCCACGGCCUCAGACAUCCGACAAGAGAGAUGUUGAGGCUGGUACAGGGGAGAGUGAGACGGAACGAUGGGCCAGGGAGCGCAGGGAAAGGAGACAGGCUCGGGCCAGAAGGAAGGCACAGAGGACUGGAGAGAGUGAUGACAAUGAUCCCAGUGGAGAGGAAGAGUUCUCAGGCAGUGGGCUGGAUCCACAGACGGACCAACACUUACGUUCCAGGUCAGACCUAUCGUGUAAUGACUGUGGUCCAGGAGGAGGCUCUGAGACCAAGGAUUUUAAGAAGUUGUUUGAAGAGGUGUCCAGAGAAAACAGUCAGCUCCAGUUGCAGCUGCAGGACACUCAACGGAUUGUCAAUCAGACCAGGUUGGACCUGGAGAAGGCCACACAGAGACAAGAGCGCUUCAGUGACUGCUCAGCCCUGCUUGAGCUGGAAAGAAAGGACCGGAGGAUGCUGGAGCGGCGAAUGGCAGAGCUGGAGGAGGAGCUGAAGGUUCUGGUUGACCUGAGAGCAGACAACCAGCGUCUUAAGGAUGAAAAUGGAGCACUGAUCCGUGUCAUCAGCAAACUCUCCAAAUAGACGAAGAGAGAGAGAGAGAGACAUGAAGAGCAGGGAUCUCCCCGCCCCCCAUCACUCCUUCCUUCCACACAUUCCUCCCAGUGCCAAAGAGCGAGAGAGGGGGAGAGAAGCAACAGAAUGUCCUACGUACACAAGCACCACGGCUUGACUUGGAUUGUGAUGCCUCACCAUAGACCCGAACAGCUGGAGGGGUUUUUGUGUGCCUUAACACCGCUUGUCACAGGACGACCCGUGGCAUGAAGGUCUGUGGCUAUGGUCUGAGGCUCCCACAGCAGCAACAUGAGACAUGACAACAGCCAAACUCCCACGGCUGGUCAACACAGAGAACACGACAUCCACAUCUGUGCGUCUGGGGAACACUAACAUGCACACACAUUCCUAUGCGUGCAUCACAUACUUCCUCGAUGCACAUUCCAUGAGCACAGGAGGCCACUCGGUCUUUAUAGCUCCCACUUAGUAUUUAAUUUUUUGAACACCUCACACACUCACGAGUUUACCACUCAUAAUGUUAGUCCCAUUCUAAUGUGUUGUCAAGCAGUAAAGGUUUUGGCGUAGUUCUCUUCAAAAAGCUAUUUACCAGGUCUGUCUUUACAUUUUUUGACGAUUGGGGAAAGUCCAUGAAGCGCUGUUGGGUAGUUUUGAUUCCACAUGCAAGUGUUUGAACCCACCUACCUCUCCACCUAUGCACUUCCCCACAUACAUUUUUAUUUUUGUGACCACAGACACACUCCAUGCUCUUAAAAAUGACCGCAGAACCAGGUCAGUCGACCACAGCACUUUACUCUCUGCAAAGCAAUAUGAGAUCUGCGAGGCUUUGCCCGUCCUCCAGACAGACGAACUGAGUUCAGAGCAGCACCUUCUCACCACUGCUUUUCUUUGAGAAGCAGAGGAAGAAGUUACCCACAGCUGAAGGUCAAAGGUCAUUGCACAAUUAUAGAAUUUGCUGUUCUGUCAAAGCCUAUUAUGCUAUGAAUGGUUUUAAUUAUUACCAUUGAUAAAGAUAUUAUUUUCAUAGUUUUUCAUUGUCAGUUCCUCUCUUUCAAGGGAGAAUGGUCAUGUAUAUUAUAUGUGUAUAAAUAUUAGUCUUGAAUAAUACCCUUUUUGAAAUAAAACUCCAUGUAGCCUUUCUUCACAUGUUGGUUUUCUAAUAUAUUAAAUGGAUGUCUGCACCAUAAUAAAAAGAAAGUGUGUUUGUA